UCAAUUCUGCAAGUGGUUCUGAUUUACUAUCGCUGUUCUCUAGCUGGUCCAAAACCGAUUUUGACCUAAAGGGACGCUUUUUGGAUGCCAUGGACUUUUCUAAGUUUCCAGGCAGAAAGACAGUCAAAAUGUAGGCAGGGCACCGGACAAAGCAGUAGGGACAAAAUAUAUGUGAAAUGCAUUGAAACAGCAAUGUUUUACUAUAUAAUAAUCAUUUUUUAAAAAUUAAAAUUUGCCGCCGGUUCCGGCGCCCGUACGUUCCGACGUCACAGGGACUGGAACACGGAAGUCGGAUGCCGGCAUCGGCCGGAGGAGAUGGCCGGGGACGCUGCAGGGGACACAU